UGUGUGUGUGUGGUUUUAUUGAUAUAUAUUGUUGACUAUAAAUAAGGACCAAGCCUUCAUCUUUACUUGAGAUACUUAAUAAUUUCUCUCCACAUCGAGUCGCGUGUUAUUUUUCAGCGUAAUCGUAUUAACGGAACUUUAGAAAGCCGCCGCUGUCCAAUUGGACAAUCAGACUAGCACCAACCAAUUGCGCACGGGUCUCCUGCGUGGCCACGCCCCCUAACCAAGGGCGUCAACCCCUAAUACGGUGUGUGCGUCCUUUUUAGGAGCGCAGUGGGCGGAGUCUGGACAGCCCCUGCUGUUUAGUGUCACUUUCACCGAACUCGGAACUACGGGAGAGGUGAACCGAACUGACAGCUGGCGGAUGAGCUGCGCGGCUCCUGCGAACAGCUUCUCAAGUCCUCUUCACGCAGAAUAUCAGCCAUAACGGAUGUUUCCAUUCCAACAUUCACGAAUUGUGGACUGAUAUCUGUGUUGUUGUGGUGUUUUUUUUUUUUGUUGUGUUUUUUUUACCCCCACGCGUCGGAAAACAUUCCGAGGAGCGCACAUGUGAAUUUAAUUAUCUGCUGGUUUCUCUUUUUUUUUUUUUCCUCCUCCUUCAUGCAUGCAUGCAUGUUGGUGUUGGGUGUUUUUACUUUCGUUCUUUCUUUCUUUCUUCUUCAGUUCAACUCCUUUAGCGCUUCUUCCGUGGUGUCAUUUUUGUCCGUUUCUGAGUGCCGCGCUUGACACACGCGUUUGAACUGAGAGCCGCUGAAAACUUUUGCGCCUUGUGGUGAGAGAAAGCGUUUACGCGGUGAAACUAGACUUGCGUGUUCAACUCCGUGAUUUAGCCCCGCACGGAGCACGAGCACGCGUUGAUCAUGUCAACGUUGCGCGUGCAUUACAAACCUCUCAACAAAUAAUCCGAUCAAAAACAAUUCAUGAACAUCUAGGCUAGGCCUGGUUCUUGAGUGUCUUUUGAGUUCUGUACGGAUUUAAAAUCCUCGAGGGACGGAUUCUUACCCCCCUGUCCGGGCGUAAAGGAGUUCCACCGAGACGCGCGUCUGACUACGGGAUAGCAUGGCAAUGGUAGUAAACCAGUGGCAGGAGAGCAUCGCAGCCGACCCCGGCUCUCAGCUGCAGCUGUGCGGCCAGGAGCCCGGUGGCGCACCGGCCACUCCGUCCGCGUCCACGCCGGGUAACGACGCGAUCGGCGCGGACAAGCUGGCCAGCGUGGACUGCAUGGUGUGCGGAGACAAAUCGAGCGGCAAGCACUACGGCCAGUUCACGUGUGAGGGCUGCAAGAGCUUCUUCAAGCGCUCUGUGCGCCGCAACCUGACCUACAGCUGCCGGGGGAACCGAGACUGCCCCGUGGAUCAGCACCACCGCAAUCAGUGCCAGUACUGCCGCCUCAAGAAAUGCCUCAAGGUCGGCAUGAGGAGAGAGGCCGUCCAGCGAGGACGCAUGUCCAGCUCUCAGACCAGUCCAGGCCAGUACCUGCCCAAUGGGAACGACCCGUACAAUGGGCAACCAUAUCUAUCUGGCUUCAUCUCUCUGCUCCUGCGGGCGGAGCCAUACCCCACGUCCCGCUACGGCGCUCAGUGCAUGCAGUCAAACAACCUGAUGGGCAUCGAGAACAUUUGCGAGCUGGCAGCACGUCUUCUCUUCAGCGCUGUAGAGUGGGCCAAGAACAUCCCAUUCUUUCCAGACCUACAGCUCAUGGAUCAGGUGGCGUUGUUGCGCAUGUCGUGGAGUGAGCUGUUUGUGCUGAAUGCGGCACAGUGUUCCAUGCCCCUGCAUGUGGCACCGCUGCUAGCUGCCGCCGGUCUGCACGCCUCCCCGAUGUCAGCCGAGCGCGUGGUGGCCUUCAUGGACCAUAUCCGUGUAUUCCAGGAGCAGGUAGAGAAGCUGAAGGCCCUGCAGGUGGACACAGCGGAGUAUUCCUGCCUCAAGUCCAUUGUGCUCUUUACUUCAGAUGCCAUGGGCCUGUCAGACGUGGCUCAUGUGGAAAGCAUCCAGGAAAAGUCUCAGUGUGCUCUGGAGGAGUAUGUAAGGAACCAGUACCCCAAUCAGCCCAAUCGUUUCGGACGGCUCUUGCUGCGCCUGCCAUCGCUGCGCAUCGUCUCGUCACCCGUGAUCGAGCAGCUCUUCUUCGUGCGCCUGGUGGGCAAGACACCCAUCGAGACGCUGCUCAGGGACAUGCUGCUGUCUGGCUCCAGCUACAACUGGCCCUACAUGCCUGUGCAGAGAGACCGACCCCUCUCGCUCCACUACAACGAGAACGGGCCUUGACCCCGUCCACAUCCGCUAAAGCCACAUCAUGUAGAACCCAUCAGCACCUAAUUCGCCGUUCUGUGUUCGGGAACGGAACUCUUGAGACGUUCUCGUGCCAAGAUUUCUUCCGCAGUCGCUCUACAGUGUUUACGGACAUCAUGCCUGAGUACUUGACUGCAUCACCUUGACCGAAAAAGGGCAAAGUCCAUUCCAGUCCACUGAUUUUCAAACAAGCCAGAAGCCAUUAAAAGCUGAUACCAAAGUGGGUGUCUUUUUUUUUUUUUUUUUUUUUUCGUACCAGGACGUUUCGAGAAAUAAAAUUACGGUCCGGACUUUAACAGGGCUUUAAGCAUGUUUAAGUGGAGAAAUCGCGCUAACACUACAGUCUGAAAGAAAAGAGGCCAGUAAAACUGAAUACGCUAAAGCCACUGCCACGACGUAAACGGCACGCGAACGGUAUGAGUCGGUGAAAAAAACGCAAAACUCUAUUGUGGUUCGUCUCAAUGUCAUUUUGCGUCUCUGAAGGAGUUUGAAGAUGUGAAAGAGGCACUUCAUAUUUGAAACCAGCCAGGCACCCUCCCCUUUUCUCUAUGCUCUUUUCAGCUACCACCAAAAAUUCAGCACGGCUAGAUAGACUUUCUGUAGUUGCCAUGUAAGGUCGGUCUAUAAGUGCUUAAUUCUUUCAUAAAGGAACACACUGAACAGUAUAUCAACAGAAAUCAGGACCUCAGCAGCUCUAGGACGGCUCUAGGGGGCCGGGCACCAAGCGGUAGGUAGCAGCGGAUAUCAAGUAUUUCAUUAUUCUUCUAGCAGUAUGUUUCAGUAUGUCACUGUUUUAACAUGGCACUACAGCUUUCAAAGGCAACGUUUGGAUUUCUAAUCCACGGGGUCUAGGAAAGCAUGACUUGUUAUAUUAGUUCACAGAAUAUUUCUAUAAGAGGUUUUUUUUCCCCCCCCCUGUAUUUUAGGUUUGACAAAAAAAUGAAUCCUUGAAAUAAAAUUUGUCGUUC